AUGCAGGGUACUCGGCUAUUUUACGCAGGGAUUGAAGGGAAAGGCUGCCGAACGCGCCGACUCCCGGCUCCAGGCUUGGACUUUUUCACAGGAUGGUGGAUCAUCAUAGAUGCAGCUGUCAUUUAUCCCAGCAUGGAGGAAUUCAACCACUCAUACCAUGCUUGUGGCGUCAUAGCGACCAUAGCCUUCCUCAUGAUUAACGCAGUGUCGAAUGGACAAGUGCGAGGUGACAGCUACAGUGAAGGCUGUCUGGGCCAGACAGGCGCUCGUAUCUGGCUCUUCAUCGGUUUCAUGUUGGCCUUCGGAUCCCUGAUUGCAUCCAUGUGGAUUCUCUUUGGAGGUUAUGUUGCUAAGGAAAAGCCCAUAGUAUAUCCUGGAAUUGCUGUAUUUUUCCAGAAUGCCUUCAUCUUUUUUGGAGGGCUGGUGUUUAAGUUUGGUCGCAUGGAGGACUUAUGGCAAUGAAGACACCGCCUCUACAGCACAGUCGCCCUGCAUGGGAUUUUUUUUUUUCACUGCUCACUGAGUCUUUUGUAAUGCUGUUUUCUAAACUUAUUUCUGAGUAUAAUCUCAGCUUAAACUUGUAUAAUGCUAGAAUCAUGAGAACUCCUAUGUAAACUGCAACAGACUAGUGUGGCAUGCCCCUGUUCAGCUUUUGCAGUGGGAAAGGAAACUGUUGACAUGAGUAACUUUGUCAGCUUCUAUCAUGGUCUAAAGGGUUGAUUAUGGAGAAAUGGUGGAGUCCUCGGG